AUGUUGGACACUUUUGCAGAAACCUCCAAGCUCAUUAUCAAACAAAAGUUUGAACCCCUCGAAGCGCUUGCCAACGCCGCUGCCAAUGCGUUGGAUAUGGAUGCCCUUGGUGGUUUGGGAGAGACUGCCAACAAGUACGAUGUCUUUACGGAUGAUGGCGGUGACAAGUUCCGCGUCAUUGAGACCUCGGAAUACUGCGGUUGCUGCACAGGACGAGCCUGCUGCCGUCCCAACCACAAAUUGCAAUUGCACGUUUACGAACCAGCCAAAUCGGACACUACCGAAGCCAUGGUGAUGGACCGUCCUUGCAAGUGCGGACAGUGCUGUGCUAUCUUCGACAUUUGUCGUCAAGAAAUGACAAUCUUUGAGGGACCUGAGAUCAAUGGAAACAAGAUGGGUUACAUCAAGCAACCCAUUUUGGGAGGAUUCCUCUCUCCAACUCUGGAAAUUAUGGACCGUGAGGAAGAUGACGAGCCAUAUGCCACCAUUAAGGCUAACGCCGUGUGCUGCAUUGGAGGACUCUGCUGCGACCAUACUUUUGAAGUCACUGAUAAGGGUGGAACUGUUGUUGGAAAGAUUGUCAAGACCAAGCCAAGUGACCUUGGUCAAUUCGCAAAGGAAUUGGCUUCCGAUGCCGAUGUCUUUGCCUUGGAGUUGAACCAAAACUCGCAUUUGACUGCCCAGCAAAAGGCUAACAUCUUUGCCGGUCUGCACUUGAUUGAUUACAUGUUCUUUGAGAACGAAGGAGAACUCAAGUUGGAUGCUGUCAAUCAAGAAUGUGAAAUCAAGUGCUGCGAUAUGUACUGCUGUGGAUGCCUCGUUCCCUGUAAAUGUAGUUGCGGUGGAUCUAGCGACGAGGAUGGAGAAGGUGGGGAUGGCGAGUAA